UAUCAUUCCAUGGGGUCGUCAGUGAUCGAACUUCUAACGAAGAUGAAGGUGUCAGUGAUAUUACUGUUGGUUUCGGUAUCCUGGGUGGUUGCCUUCCCCGGACCACAAUGGAAUGUGGAAGAGAAAGGAAAAGAUGGCUCGUCACGCGGGCAUGAAAGUCUGAUAGGCUUAGGAGGAUUAAUUGGAGGGGAUGGAAAAGAUGGAGGAUUACUCAGCGGCCUGGUGUCAGGAAAAGGAAAAAUCAAUCCCCUAGAAUUAUUGGUUAAAAAAGGAGAUGGAGGCGGAAAAGGAAAAGAAGACAAAAAUCUAGAAUGGAGCUCGAUCUCGAAAGUUAUUAUAUCCCAGGGAGGAGACGAAAACACUGUUAAUAAACUUAAGGGUAUUUUAGCAAAAGGUGAAGGAUCUUGGGGUGUGAACGAGAAGAAAAUACUACAACAGGUGUCAGUUUUACUCAAAGGUGAAGGCAAGCCAGAUUUGAUGGAGACGAUUAAGAAAGAGGUCGAGAAAUUGGGCAAAGGUGGUGGAAAAGGACAUGGAUGGUCAGAAGGCAGAAUAGAACAUGCACAAAGUGAUGUGAAGGUAAAGAAAGAAUCAGUAGGUGCAGUCAAGGAAUCUCACGGCAAAAAGAGCGAACACGGUGGUAUAAAGAUUACCGAACACAGUGGCGAAGAUCAUGAAGAGAAGGGUAGAAAGGGUUAUAAGAGCAGUAGUAGUAGCGAGAGUCAUAGUAAGAGCAGUAAAGACAGUAGCAGUGGAAAAGGCAGCAGCCACAGUCAUGGCAAGAGCAGUAGUAGCGAUAGUCAUAGCAAGAGCAGUAAAGACAGUAGUAGCGAUAGUCAUAGCAAGAGUAGUAGUAGCAGUAGCAGUGAAAGCAGUGAAGAAUGGCACAACCACCACGGCAAAAGGAGGAGCAAAAAGGUUGAAAUUCGAGGACAUGUCGAGCACAAAAAUAUAGGACAUGGCGACCAUAAAAAGGAGGUACUUGUCGAACAUAAAAAUGAGGGACAUGUCGAACAUAAAAAUGAGGAACAUGUCGAGCACAAAGUAGAGGGACAUGCCGAGCACAAAGUUGAGGGACAUGACCAUAAAAGGGAGGUACAUGUCGAGCACAAACCAGAGAUACAUGACGAGCACAAAGUAGUGGAACAGGUCGAGCACAAAGUUGAAGGACAUGACGAGCACAAAGCAGAGGAACAUGGAAAGGAAGUACAAGUCGAACUCAAAAAAGACGGACAUGAUGAUCACAAAACAGAGGAACAUGGAAAGGAGGUACAAGUCGAUCUCAAAAAAGACGGACAUGAUGACCACAAAACAGAGGGACAUGUCGAUCAUGGAAAGGAGGUACAAGUCGAUCUCAAAAAAGACGAACAUGAUGACCUCAAAGGAAAGGGAGAUGUCGAGCACAAAAAUGUGGAACAAGUCGGCCAUGGAAAGGAGGAAGAAGUAGUGAUUGAAGUGCAAGUCAAAGAACAAAUAACAAAGAUAGCUGAAGAAAAAGUAUUAGCGGAAUUGAAAAAGAGUGGAAAAGGAAAAGAGAAGUUGACUGAAGAAGAGAAGAAACUAUGCAGUGAAACAAUAAUGAAGAAAGUUGAAGAGCAAGUAGUAAUUGUGAAGAAGGGUGGUAAGAAGUUAGAAGAUGCUGAGAUACUGAAGAUAGGUGAAGAAGUAAUCGAGAAAGAAUUAAAAGAAGGCAAUUUAUUAAAGUUACUUGAAACAUCUCAAAAAACCGAGGUAGUAGAUGAAAAGAAAGAGGUGGUUUCCAAAGGGAAAGAUGAUGGAAUGGAAAAGAAAAUUUGAACCAAAGAAGAUCGGCGAAGACAAAUAUAGUAUAAACAAUAGCAAAAUAUAGGGGAAUAGGCUUAAUGAUUUUUAAGCAUAAAUCGUCAAAUACAAUUUAUAGAUAGCAGAUAAAUACUAUCUAAAAUCAUUCUCAACUAAUAAAAUCAUAAUAACAAUGUCUCAAAAGAGCAA